GGACGAUUGUUAUCGGGAGCCACUAUUUGGGAGACCUCAUUUCUCUCUCCACACACUUGCACCCCAACUCUCUCCUCCCCCUAGCUGUCUCUCCCUCGCUUUCACUCUCCCUUCCUCGAUCAUGGCUACUCAAGGCCAAGUUAUCAUCUGCAAAGCUGCUGUUGCUUGGGAACCGAACAAGCCCCUGGUGAUUGAAGAUGUUGAAGUUGCUCCACCGCAAGCUGGGGAGGUCCGAAUCAAGAUACUUUAUACUGCGCUCUGCCACACGGAUGCCUAUACAUGGGGCGGAAAGGAUCCUGAGGGACUAUUCCCUUGCAUUCUUGGCCAUGAGGCUGCUGGAAUUGUUGAAAGUGUUGGUGACGGCGUCACAGAAGUACAACCUGGAGAUCAUGUUAUACCUUGUUACCAGGCUGAAUGUAGAGAAUGCAAGUUUUGUAAAUCAGGCAAAACAAAUCUGUGUGGAAAAGUUCGGGCAGCGACAGGUGCUGGAGUGAUGAUGAAUGAUCGAAAAAGUCGAUUCUCCAUCAAAGGAAAGCCUAUCUAUCACUUCAUGGGAACAUCAACUUUUAGUCAAUACACAGUGGUACAUGAUGUUAGUGUUGCAAAGGUUGAUCCAAGUGCUCCUCUGGACAAGAUCUGUCUGCUUGGAUGUGGUGUUCCAACAGGUCUUGGUGCAGUUUGGAACACAGCAAAAGUGGAACCGGGUUCUACCGUUGCUAUAUUUGGGCUUGGAACAGUUGGUCUUGCAGUUGCCGAGGGGGCGAAGGCAGCUGGGGCUUCGCGCGUAAUUGGAAUUGAUAUUGACAGCAAAAAGUUUGAUGUUGCAAAAAACUUUGGAGCCACUGAAUUUAUCAAUCCAAAGGACCAUGAUAAACCCAUCCAGCAAGUAAUUGUUGACAUGACAGAUGGAGGGGUUGAUUACAGCUUUGAGUGCAUUGGAAAUGUUUCUGUGAUGAGAUCUGCUUUGGAAUGCUGUCACAAGGGUUGGGGGCAGUCUGUUAUUGUUGGUGUCGCUGCAUCUGGUCAGGAAAUAUCUACUCGGCCAUUUCAACUUGUAACUGGCCGUGUUUGGAAGGGGACAGCCUUUGGUGGUUUCAAAAGCCGCUCCCAAGUGCCGUGGCUUGUCGACAAGUACAUGAAGAAGGAAAUCAAGGUUGAUGAGUAUAUCACUCACAACCUGAAGCUUGGGGAAAUCAACGAGGCAUUUCAUUUGAUGCAUGAAGGCGGUUGUCUCAGAUGUGUUCUUGCAGUGCAUUCUUAAUAUUAUUGCGUCUGCUUUUUGAGAAUGUGGAGAAUCAGUCUUCUCCUUUGUUUUCCAUAGUUGCUUUCUUGCUUUUGGAGUGCUCCUGUUUUUCCCUUUGAUCAAUUCCUUGAGCUGACGGCUAUGUUUGUGGGGUCUUUAGAUAUUUAAAAAAUGGCACUUUCUUCCAUGAGUGCACACAACGGCUGACUUGUUGCAUGAAUCUUCCAGUUUAGCUAAACAAUAACAAAUUUCUCA